AGGGCGGAAAGGAUCUCCCCGUUCGCGGGCGUGGGGUUGCGCGCGCACUAUCUACCCCCUCUGUGUGUCCGGUACAUAAUCGAACUGGGAGCGCCGUGGUGGCCGUCGUCAGUCCCGUAAGACGGGGCUAAAUUUCAUUUCUAAAAUGAGAAGAUAGUUUAGCCGAAACGGAAGGAGACAGGGGCGAGGUGAAAACGCGGAGUGAGGGAGGGAUUCGUCGCGAGAGCUUCCCCGUCGUGAUAGAGAGUUCCGAUUUCGGCAGCCCGGCCACGAGCGCAAUCACGCCGCUAAUCGCUGAAUCGUAGCGAUAUGUUCGGUGCACGAGUGCACGCGGGAUAGAGUGAUAGUGCGACUCGAGGAAAGGAGGGUGAUCGCUCCCUCAACGCGGCUGGGGAAACAAGUCCCAAACACGACGUCCCGCGAGUGCCAAGCAGGGUGGAUAUCGCGUGUCAGCGAGAGGUAAAUGGGAUUUUCUCGAGGAUCGCCAAGGGUUGGCGAACCGAGGAGAGCCGUCGUAAGGUGAAGGAGCCGCGACGCCGCCAGCCCGAAUCAAGAGCGGCCGAUUUGGUUGCGGGGUCAGCAACGUUUUCAGCAACGUCCCCGACGAGACUACCGUGAGGUCUCUUCUCGAAUCACAAUGGCGCCCAACUCCGUGUUCGUGGAAUCGUGGCCGGCCACGAUCGACUGAUGCAACAGCAGCAGGCAUCUUGAUAAAUAUCGACGUACAUCCCCCGGUGCCUAUCGCCCGCCGCCGUUCGAUGCACCGCUCGUUCAAAUGAGCGGACUACCUGCAGCUAAUUGUCCUUCCUUCGAACCACGUCUCCGGUAGUCUCGACGGUGCACGCGUGGAAGAGGCAACAUGAAAAGAAUUCGCAAGAGGCAUCCGCCAAAGAUAAAAGAAGAUUAUGUCAGAUCGUCGCAGUGAUAGUGCACGCGGUGAGUGCGUCAGGUGCGUGAUGCUCCCGCCCAGGGAGUAUUCGGCGGUGUCUACCGUCGCCUAUCGUCCAACGGGCCAAAAUCUCGGCUAACGACAGUGAGAUGGAUGCACGGGGCGGAAGAGAGUCCGCGGCGAUCCGACCACGUUCGUAAAUCAUUUCUCCUCGAGUCGAGUAUGCGAUGCUUUUUCAGAAGGGAUCGACCAAUACCGGCGAUAAACUGACAUUUGACGCGCAUAUCGCACGGAUUGUCUUCGAAAUGCUAUCCAAACGAAACUAAGUUAUUCGUUGAGUUACCCUCGUGGCACUUUCCAUAUUCCAUCGCAAGUUACCAUGAUAAAGGGCGCGAUGUCGCGUGAAAUCGCGAUAGAACACGGUAGACCGGUACCAGACCUCGCGAGCAAGUGAUAACGACGAGCGAAGAGUGCGGAAAGAGGGAAAGGAUCGUGAUAUACGUUCGACAUCGGCCGUUUUUACAGGACAACCCUUCAUCCUGGCGGACCAAGAGGAAGGCAGCGGCUCGGCGGCGAUGCAGGGCAAGGAGAGCCCCGUUGGGUCCAACACCCAGGAGACCCAUCAGUACGUCGGCCCGUAUCGGUUGGAAAAGACCUUGGGGAAAGGCCAGACUGGUUUAGUUAAGCUCGGCGUGCACUGUGUGUUGGGCAAGAAGGUGGCGAUCAAAAUUAUCAACCGCGAAAAGCUUUCGGAGUCCGUGCUGAUGAAAGUGGAGCGUGAGAUCGCCAUUAUGAAACUGAUCGACCAUCCGCAUGUGCUCGGCCUCUCGGAUGUGUACGAAAACAAGAAAUAUCUAUAUCUUGUUCUGGAACACGUGUCGGGCGGGGAGCUGUUCGAUUAUUUGGUUAAAAAGAGCAGACUGACCCCGAAGGAAGCGAGGAGAUUUUUUCGACAAAUAAUUUCUGCAUUAGAUUUUUGCCACAGUCAUAGUAUAUGCCAUAGAGAUUUGAAGCCUGAGAACUUGUUGCUGGACGAGAAGAAUAACAUUAAGAUAGCAGAUUUCGGAAUGGCGUCUUUACAACCCGCGGGCUCUAUGCUGGAGACUAGUUGCGGAUCACCUCAUUACGCUUGCCCCGAAGUCAUUAGAGGUGAAAAGUACGACGGUAGAAAGGCGGAUGUAUGGUCCUGUGGGGUAAUACUUUACGCGCUUCUGGUAGGCGCCUUACCCUUCGACGACGACAAUCUGAGAAAAUUGUUGGAAAAAGUUAAGCGCGGAUUAUUUUACAUACCGCAUUUUGUGCCACCCGAGUGUCAGAAUUUGCUCAGAGGCAUGAUAGAGGUCGAUCCCGAGAAAAGAUUGACGUUAACGGAAAUAAAUAGGCAUAUUUGGGUAACGGCGGCGGGUAAGGGCGAAUUGGAAUUAGAACUGUCGAUGAUGGACGUAGUGCAGACGCAUGUUAUUCCGUCCGUGGAAGCGAUCGACCCCGACGUGCUACAGGCGAUCGCGAGUCUCGGUUGCUUCAAGGAGCGCGACAAACUCAUUCAAGAGCUGCUCAGUCCAAACCACAACACGGAGAAGGUGAUAUACUUCCUGCUGUUAGAGAGGAAGCGAAGAAGACCGGCGUGCGAGGACGAGCUCGAGGUAAUGAGGAGUAGCAUGAGGGGAUUGUCCGCGGGACAAUUAGAGGCCGAUCCGCCGAGAAAACGGGUGGACACGUGUAGAGUGAACGGAAGUACCGCGCUCAAUCUUGGACAGAUCAGUCACGGUUCGCCUUUGACGCCCAGAAGACAGUCCAGAUCGUUGAUUAUUUGCAGCAUGAGACAUCACGCGCGUCGAUCACCAAGCACGGGUGGAUGCCACACUCAUGCGUCUCAUUCGCACACGUCGACGCCGGGCAGCUCGCCGUUGCAUGCACCUGCGGGUCUGCUAAGUCCCCACAGAGCGGUGCCGUCGUCACACGUGGGCCAGGCGAUCACCUGCGGUGCCCAUAGACUGUCCCUUGGUGGCAGUACCACAACUACUAUUGCCGGAAACGGCGGCAGCCCCACGAGUCAAAGCGUCCCGUCGCCGACGCCGGCGCUCGCCAAUGUCGGCAUUGAACUCAAUGAAGUGCAGCCUGUAGUUGCAGUCGGCGUUACACCACCGGGCUCGCCUCAUACGGGAGCGGGAUCCGGAGCUCAUCACUGGAGAUCGCGAUUAAACACGAUCAAGAAUUCUUUCCUGGGCAGCCCCAGAUUUCAUCGCCGUAAAUUGCUCACCGAGGAGGUACAACUCACACCGGAUUCUUCACCGGAACUUACGAAAAAAUCGUGGUUCGGUAGUUUGAUGACCACGGAGAAAGACGAGACCUUCACCGUUUUGGUCAAAGGAAAACCGCUAGCAAGUGUAAAAGCCGAUCUGAUUCACGCUUUUUUAUCGAUAGCAGAAUUAUCUCAUAGCGUGAGCUCGCCAAUGUCGUUCAGAGUGGAGUACAAAAGAGGUAGUACCGGGCCAGCCAUGUUCCAGAGACAAGUGCGAUUUCAAGUUGACAUUAGCGCGAUUUCAAAGCAGCCGAAUGAGCCCCUCUUCGCCAUCACCUUCACGUUACUGAGCGGAAACAUCCGAAGAUUUAGGCGAGUAUGCGAGCAUAUUCAGUCUCAGGUGUGUUCAAGAAAUGUGGGCAUGAACUUGGGAGGACAAAGCAGAGCCGCGCCUCCUAGCCCGAGGGCCUCCAGAAAAUUCGCCACAGAGAUGAGUGAGAGUUCGAGCUGCGGCAGCGACACUAGCGAACGACUCUUUCUCAAUCCUCAUCCAGCUACCAGACAGGUAGUCUGUUUCAACAAGAUCGAUUCGGACAUCGAGUCGGAUACAUCCGUGUUCGAUGUCAAGUCGCCGACCCGUGAGAACGGUAGAAGAAGUUCGACAUCGACGAACAAUAAUAAUGCCUUGUCGGGUGAUACGACACCUACGCCAGGCAGCCCGCCAAAAGCGGUGCGAAGUAACUCGGAGAGCCAAAACACGCCCGAGAAGAAAUGCGUCACUACGAUGAGCGGCAAUAACAUAGCGUGAUACUACCAGAACCUUCGCUUCGAGUUCCGAUCGAGUCUCAAGAGCCUAUGGGACAGCGCUCAAAGUUUCUGGUGAGAGGUUUCCUCUGAUGAACGCUUACAACGCUUUAACGGAACUGCAAAAAAAAUGCGUGAGACACACCUGCGAUAUUACGACAAACAGGAUUGAAGUCGAACAUGACAAAUCUUAUCGUCAGCAGUUAUAGUAACGAGAAGAUAGAGAGGCAACAGUGAGACACACUUGCGUUGUGUAAUUCAAAACAUUGAAAUUUCAACGCGAGCUCCGGGGACUAGUUUUCAUUCUCAAGGCUCAAAAAUAUCUCAUUUUAUUUCGGAAGAUACGUGUGUACAAAUUUUCUUCAAAAAUAACUCGAAAUUAAGCAAACAUCGCGGACGGCACAUAUAUUUCAACAAACAAGCCUACGUAAAGAAUUAUGCACGAAGAGGAAGAUCCACAAAUAUCCAACAAAAGAAAUGUUAAGUAUAUUAAGAAAAUGUGUUCCUCUCUCGUGCGAAACUUGAGUGCAAUAAUAUAAUGUUACUGUAUUUAUUUCACCCCCGUAUAUAAUGGAUGUUACUGCAAAAUCGCGCUAUGUUACAUUUGUGUUAAGAAAUUAUAAUUUUGUGUUUAGACAGA